AGCCGACGAUCAGUCUGUGACGUGAUUUCCAGCACUGCGGUUGCGGAUCGAUGCGAUGUUGCUACGACGGUUGAGUGUUUUCAUACUGUUUACGGUACUGGUAGUGGUGGUGACCGCGAGAAGGCCCCUAGGUAUCAAGGAAGUUCUUUUGGCGUUGAAGAAAAAUCCACCAGCGGAUAAUAAUUGGUGGAAAACGGCAAUUUUUUAUCAGAUCUAUCCGCGAUCGUUUAAAGAUAGCAACGCUGAUGGAAUCGGAGAUCUCAAAGGAAUUAUCGAAAAGUUACCAUACCUCAGAGAACUAGGUGUUCAAGGUUUCUGGAUGUCUCCAAUAUUCAAAUCACCUAUGGCUGAUUUUGGCUACGACAUUUCUGACUACUAUGACAUCCAACCGGAGUAUGGAACGUUAGCAGAUUUCGAUAACCUGGUAGCAGAGGCGAAGAAACUUGCUCUCAAAGUGAUCCUCGAUUUUGUACCCAACCAUUCCAGUGACGAAAAUGAAUGGUUCAAGAAAUCUGAAAACCGUGAAGCUGGAUUUGAGGAUUUCUACAUAUGGCAUCCGGGUAAACCCAAUCCAUCCAACGGCUCAAAACCACUCCCACCUAACAAUUGGGUUAGCUUCUUCCGCGGAAGCGCGUGGCAGUGGAGUGACAAACGGAAAGAAUAUUAUCUGCACCAGUUCUCGGUGAAGCAACCGGACCUUAACUAUCGCAAUCCAAAGGUUGUCGAACAGAUGAAGGAUGUGUUGCGGUUCUGGUUGGAACGAGGCGUCGACGGGUAUCGCGUUGAUGCGAUACCGACUCUUUUCGAAAUCGACGCUGACGCCGAGGGAAACUACCCCGAUGAACCAUUGAGUGGCAACACGAAUGACCCGAACGAUCAUGACUACACCAUUCAUAUCUUCACGCAAGACCGCAACGAGACGCUUGAUAUGGUUUAUCAGUGGCGCGCUGUGUUGGACGAUUUUCAGCGAGACAAUGGGGGUGAUGCAAGGGUGAUGAUGACGGAGGCGUACUCGGACAUCGACAUUAUAAUGAAGUAUUACGGAAAUGGGACGGUACCAGGGUCGCAUAUCCCGUUCAAUUUCAGGUUCAUAACCGAUCUCGGUAAGGAUUCAUCGGCACAGGACAUCGAAAAUACCAUCAAAUACUGGAUGAGUAACAUGCCGCAAGGACAGGUCCCUAAUUGGGUGAUGGGAAAUCACGAUCAACAUAGAGUGGCCAGUCGCUUUGGUGAAGAUAAGAUUGAUAUUAUGAAUAUGAUUUUGUUGACACUGCCGGGUGUCGGUGUUUCAUACAAUGGCGAGGAAAUUGGCAUGACGGACGUGUGGAUUUCGUACAACGACACGGUUGAUCCGGCGGCCUGCAACGCCGGCCCUGAUAAGUACCAGCUCACGACAAGAGACCCCGAGCGGACACCGUUCCAAUGGGACGACACUCAGGACGCAGGGUUCUCAACGGCCAGUAAAACGUGGCUUCCGAUGUCCCCGACCUACAAAGAAGUGAACGUCAAGGUGCAACUGGCGGCGGACAACAGCCACCUGAAGGUCUAUCGGAGGCUUUCGACAUUGCGAAGGAAUUGGACCAUGCAGAAAGGGUCGUUGAAAACGGUUGUUAGCGGAAACGUUUUGAUUAUUUUCAGAGAAUUAAAGGGCUUUGAUACCAUUGUAACGCUGGCUAAUAUUGGAGGCUCUCAGCAGACUGUGGACAUAUCUCAAAUGGGAUAUACCCCAUUGAACGGAUUCGGACAGUAUCGCGUGGUAUCGGUAAACUCCGCACAUCAUGAAGGAGAGCCCGUAGCUGUCAAGGCAAUCGUUCUGGAACCAUACGAAUCAGUUGUUGUUAGUGCAGCACGUAAUUAUUACUAUUAUGAAGUACUGCCAUCGUCAGGAUAGUUAACCUUGAAUAAAGACAACAUUAUCGUCAUAUCAAA